CGGGGUAGAAGAAUUUCAGUUUUUUAGUCGUCGCGGUAGAAUAUAAGAGGCAACGAGACAUAAGAAUUCUGUCUUGAAAUCGACUUGAACAUUAUAUUGAAUAGCGAAAGAGCACGGCGUCUCGCGACGCGUUCUCCGCUAGAUACGCUUCGAAGAAUAUUUGCAUUAACAAUAAAUACAGGCCUUUAUCGUUCGCUCCACAACUGUGUGCGUGUGUUAUCUGUUACGCUUAUUCUGCGCAUGGAAAAAUCUUACGUAACAUCUCGAUGACAAGGAGCGAAAAUCGUUAUGCGUAUAUUAAAAAUGCUCGACCGCGGCGCACUAUUUUCAUGCACAGAGCUCGCACACUGAAACUAUAAAUAUAUCCUCAUUGUGUCGGACUUCUUGUAACAUUACGAAAGGAAGCACGGCUUGUGCGAAACGUAUGAUCGCGCACAACGUCCAGCAUCCGACUUAAGAUCCAUUUGCACAACACUUGCAGGAUUUGUGCUGACCGAUAUCUCCUAAUCGGACACGAUGACGGGUGAGAGAUUGGACCUGGACAAACCCUUGUGGGAUCAAAACACCUUCGCGGGAAGGUGGAAAUACUUCGCGUGGAUGACCGACUUCCGCACGUGCGUCAAACCAGAAUCGGAGCUGCUGGCUGCUAAAAAGCUGUGCGAGCAGUACAGAAUUGGCAAAGAACCAGCCGGUACCACCAGAGAGCAAAUUAUCUACGCGAGGAAGCUGUAUGAAUCCGCCUUUCAUCCCGACACCGGCGACCUGCAGAACGUAUUCGGCAGAAUGUCCUUCCAGGUGCCGGGAGGAAUGGCCAUUACCGGCGCUAUGCUUCAAUUUUACAGGACGACUCAGGCGGUAGUUUUUUGGCAAUGGGUCAACCAGUCCUUCAACGCACUCGUCAAUUACACCAACAGAAAUGCUAACAGUCCUAUAACGACCACUCAGCUAGGUGUAGCUUACGCUAGUGCUACCGUCGCGGCGAUGAUAACUGCGAUAGGAUGUAAAUCGUAUUGGGAAAGGCGUGCGAGUCCUCUAAUGGCUAGGUACGUCCCGUUCGCUGCAGUGGCGGCCGCUAAUUGCGCUAAUAUCCCUCUAAUGAGACAGAACGAAAUUGCGAACGGCGUGGAUCUUAUUGACGAGGACGGCAAAAAACUUACAAAGUCAAAGCUCGCAGCUGUGAAAGGAAUCAGUCAAGUGGUCAUUUCGAGAAUCGUCAUGUGCGCACCCGGCAUGCUUAUCCUACCGCCCAUAAUGGAAAGACUGGAGAAAUACGCGUGGAUGCAGAGAAUCAAGCCACUGCACGCGCCGAUACAAAUUAUGAUGUGCGGAAUUUCAUUGACGUUUAUGGUACCGACAGCGUGUGCACUAUUCCCACAAAAUUGCUCCGUCAAGGCGACUACUCUGCAGCGCUGGGAGCCGGAAAACUAUGAGUUAUUGAAGAAAAACUGCGAAGGUGGGAAACUACCGACGUAUUUAUAUUUUAACAAGGGGUUAUAAUGUUAUAAAAAGUUCUAAUUUUAUGAAACUCAAAAUGUAAGUGUUACUCCAUCCUUUAUAAUAAUAUCGUUGUUGAAGUGACACAGUAAUGGUAAAUUCUUCUGCUGGAACAGAGAUGAACCCAAAAUUAACAUAACUUAUUAGGUUAAAGUCAAUUAUUGUAAUAGAAAUUUCUUUUAAUUUGUUGUUGAACAUUUGUGCAUAGCUCUUUUUAUGAUUUGAAAUAUUAAAGUUUGAACGUCGCAAUAUUCACAGGGUGAUAAAAUAAAAUUCCGUCGGCACAUGCUGAUCUUACAAUAAGAGACACGCUAAUAGCGAUGCAAUAGAAACAAUAGAUUAGUAAAGGAUGAAAUGUCAACAGUAUAAAUUGAUGUUUUUUCCAAUUUACAAUAAUUACAAACUGUAGCAAUAAUUUUAUUGCUUUAAUUAUAAGUGCUUAAUUGUUCCUCUCAGGUGUUUUAACGUUAAUUUAUAAGUUCCACAUGUUUUAAAUACAACAUUAAUCAAACAGUGUACUUAAUUACUUAACGUUAUUAUGUAAAUUUCGAGAGGUCUACUUCGAAAGUAAAAAUGCUGCCACACAUAGUAAUACGAUAAGAAACUUUGCUACACACAUAAUUAAUGAAAAAAUAAAUAAUAUCACGACAGUUGCGUCAAUAAAUGUUGUUC